AUGGCUGUUCCUGGUUCAGAUAUGGCGGUUAGGAAACAAGCUGGGUCUAAUACAGAGAUGGCCUGUGAGACUGAUCCCAUGGCAGCCAGGAGUCAGCUGACCAGACAGGAGGAUGAGGAGUCAUGCCAGCCUUCUAGAAAGCCACUGGGCUGAGAGAUAGUGGUGAGGCAGAGGGAAAGCGGGAAGACUGCAGGCAAAAUUGACAUCUAUAUAACAACAUUAUUCAGAUGUUUUCUUCUUCAUCAUAUGCUCUCAUUCUCAAGUCUUGUUUCAACAUCACUGAAGUGUGUCUGUAUCUUACUGUCAGGGCUAUGGGCUAAGUGCAUUGCAGAGUGAGAUCAUACAGUCGGAUCAAGGAUUCCACAUGAGGUAACUGAUCUGUCUGCCUCUGCAGUCCCCAGGGACAGAGGUUCCGGUCCAGGGCGUCUCUUCAAGCCUUCCUCCUUAAAGAUGCCGUAGGGGAGCUACAGAUAGACAACUUUGACGUCACCACAGCCAGGAGUGGCAGUGCAGCUGUGAACCCACUGCCCAGCCAGGAGAGACAGAGGAAGGGUCAUCAGGAACACACACGUCACACCUCAGAGGUCACCGCUUCCUUGGUGUCAACAUCACCAACAAACUACCAUGGUCCAGGCACACCAAGACAGUCGUGAAGAGGGCACGACAAAGCCUAUUCCCCCUCAGGAGACUGAAAAGAUUUGGCAUGGGGUCCUCAGAUCAACAAAAGGUUAUACAGCUGCACCAUCGAGAGCAUCCUGACUGGUUGCAUCACUGCCUGGUAUGGCAACUGCUCGGCCUCCGACCGCAAGGCACUACAGAGGGUAGUGCAUACGGCCCAGUACAUCACUGGGGCCAAGCUUCCUGCCAUCCAGGACCUUUAUACCAGGCGGUGUCAGAGGAAGGCCCUAAAAAUGUUCAAGGACUCCAGCCACCCUAGUCAUAGACUGUUCUCUCUGCUACCGCAUGGCAAGUGGUACCGGAGCGCCAAGUCUAGGUCCAAAAGGCUUCUUAACAGCUUCUACCCCCAAGCCAUAAGACUCCUGAACAGCUAAUCAUGGCUAACCUGAAUAUUUGCAUUGUCCCCCCCCCCCACCCCCCACCCCCUAUUUUACGCUGCUGCUACUCUCUGUUUACAUGUACAUAUUACCUCAAUUACCUCGACUAACCUGUGCCCCCUCACAUUGACUCUGUACCGGUACCCCCUGUACUGGUACAGUUUUACUGCUGCUCAUUUAUCUUUAUUUUAUUUUGGGGGGGGGGGGGGGGGGGGGGGGGGUAGAUCACUGCUGCUCUUUAAUUAUUUUUAUUUUUUUACUUAUCUAUUUUUUACUUAACACUUAUUUUUCUUAAAACUGCAUUGUUGGUUAAGGGCUUGUAAGUAAGCAUUUCACUGUUGUAUUCGGUGCAUGUGGCAAAUACAAUUUGAUUUGAUUUGACAGGCAGGACACAGACAGGCAGGACAGAGGAGAAUAAGGGUAUAAUAUUACACCUUCCUCCAAAUAACACAAAAAGAGCCUCUUUUGCAAAAUCCUACGAGCAGAGAACCAGAGGCAGAGGAAAAGGCACUAUGUCAACUUAGCAGACCCCUGACAGGCCUCCAUUGGCCAGGGGAAUCACAGACAGGCAGCUGGGAGAGGCACAGAAAUUGGCCACCAUCAGACACCAAUGAGGACAUUAAAGAGAGAAACAUACAAGCCUCUGUGAGAAGGGGUGAUGAUGAUGGUGAUGACAAUGAGACUGAGGGGCGUCUGCAGGCUGUGUCGGCGGUGCCAGUUGAUGAUGUCAUACUUGAGAAGAGCCCCCAGAGGAGGCCAGGGCUGCUGAGAGAGAAGCUGGUCAGGCUGGCCCCGCCCACUGAGCUACAGGACGCUCUCAUUGGUCGAGGAGAGCAGCUUCCUGUGCCACCGUUACUUGUCCCAGUCCUUAGGGUGCAGUCUGCUUCUGAGAGUGAGGGGCAGGCUGAGGGUGAGAGAGUGGGGGAGGGAAAGGGCGUGGGGGAUAGAGAGGCAGAGGUUGAAUGAUGAAGAGCUGCCAUCAUCUCCCCGGACCACUGGAGGGCGCUGUACACCACUGAAAGAUUCCCAGAGCAGUAUGUAUGUGCAUUGUGCUAUGAGUUAUGAUGCAUAAUGUGCAUUUACUAUGAUGCCUAGAUAGAGAAAAUGUUUUACAUCUUCUUGGACCUAGUUUCAGUGUAUUGACCAAGAGAAUAACAUGUUCAAUGUGUGUAGUGAUGCCUUAGGUGCCUGUUGUUCCUGUUCUGCACAGAACUAUUUGGAGAGAAACGGAAGACCAGUCCUUAUGUCAGCGGGAAGUCACUGAGAGAUGGUCAUAAUUUAAUAAAUGUUUCAGCUUAACAGAACUUGCCAUUCUUGGAGAGACAUUUCUGUUUAAUAAAAAAUAGUGUUUCUUUGUUAUCAAAACCCCUUUUUCUUAUGUCUGGCGUCUGUCCCGACACAGGUCUGAGCUCCCCCAGGAGGAAAGCCUUCAGGAAGUGGACCCCUCUUCGCUCCCCCUUCCAGCUCGUGCAGGAGACCCUGUUCCAUGACCCCUGGAAGUUCCUGGUGCCACCAUCUUCCUCAACAAGACCAGUAGUGAGACACAAACACACAUCUGCAAGGCUCAAACACAGACACACACACACGCACAAGGCUCGACCACACACAGACACUUUUCCAAUCAUUUUCUAACAUCUACAAUAAAAACAUUGGCAUUUUCUCGCACAGUCUCUGUCCUCUCAUCCUUUCCAGGUAAGAUGGCCAUCCCAGUGUUGUGGCAGUCGUUUUAGCAUUACCCAUCAGCGGAGGAGACCCGGGGGGCCAGAGUGUCUGAGCUGCUGAGGCCCCUCGGCCUGUAUGAACUCCAAGCCAAAAUCAUCAUCAGGUUCUCUGGUGAGUCACUGUUCCCAUCUCCACCUGUGGAUCCUAGAGAGGAUGAAUGAAGUGUAGAAUGCCUGCACAAUGAUUUCCCUCCUAGAAAGUGAAGUUUUAGUUUGAGUUGAAACGGGGUUGCCAACUAGGGUAUCCUAUCCUCUCUGCGUUAGAGGUGUGUUUUUAUUUACCAGCAGCUGAGAAAUAAUGGAUAUGUGCAUAUCUCCCAUGCAGAUGAGUAGCUGACCAAGCUGUGGCGCUACCCUAUAGAGCUGCAUGGGAUUGGGAUGUACGGCAAUGACUCCUACAGGAUCUUCUGUGUAGAGGAGUGGAGACAGGUGAGUCCUAGUUCUCAUAAGAUGCCACAGAAUAUGUAGGUGAGUUUUAGGAUAAAUUGUUAUGAACAGGAAAAUGAGGAAGGUCCACACUCAGUAUUUGCAGUGAAAGAAAGGAAAAUCUCAUAACAGAUUACUUUUUGGUCUAUGCAUCACAAAUACGAAAGAAUCUACUAUUAGAUGUGUGUGCAAGGUUUUCAAUUUUUCAUUUCAGGAUGAAAUGCAAAUAUUUUAUGCUAAGAAAGAAUAUUGGAUGUAGGUCAUGGAUUUAGAUAUGGUUAACUUUGUGUGUACUGUAUAUGUGCGUGUGUGUCUGUGUGUUUACAGAGGUGAAACCCCAGGACCGUGAGCUGAACAAGUACCAUGCCUGGUUGUGGGAGAACCAAGAGAGGUUGGGAAUCUGA